AUGUUCACAGACGUUGAAAAGAUUCCAGAGAACAAGCCCCCCGGCUCUCUCGUUGGUCGAGUGAUCGCCCAUGACAACGACGCAGGACCAAACGGCCAAAUCGAUUUUACCCUCUCCUGGAAGUCGCUCAGACACCAGCGACUUUUCUCGAUCAACGAAAGAGGUGAAAUCACCACAAACGAGGUUCUUGAUCGCGAAGAAAAUCCCAAUGGAAUACGUUUCACGGUAAUCGCGGAAGACAAAGGGCAGCCCGUGUACCGCGCAUCGGCAGAAGUAAGCGUGCAAAUCGAGGACGAAAAUGACUGCGUUCCCAAAUUCGGAUCUCACCAGUACCACUUUUCUAUUGACGAAGACGUCGAGCCCUACAGACGUGAGACGAGACGGGUCGGGACUGUCCAGGCGUCUGACUGUGACACCGGUCCCAACGCAGACCUCCGAUACUACUUCGAAGAACCGAAUUCGCCGUUUGAGGUAGUUUAUUGGUCUUGUCGACCAUGCACGGCUCCCUUCCAUGUUUGUCCAAUUAAAGUCGUAGGUCGCAUAUAA